UAAACUAACCAUUUAAAAAUUAAAAAUAUUGCAAUACGCGAUUAGUAAACUGGUUUGACGCUGUAACGACUGACUGCGACACAUUUACAUGACCUGUGUAGGAUAAUAAAGAAAACCGCUAUUGUUGCAGCGGCGUGUCAUUUUGCACGUCGCCGCUAAGGCGGUGGCGUUGAUAUUAUGUCCGCGAAAUGUAUUCUUCUCCUUCGCCUCUGUCGUGGUCAAAACGAAAGCAUAACAACAACGAUCGUCUCAGGGAGAAAAUAAUAAAAUACAAAAAAUUAAAACAAAACGAAAAAAUAAAAACCGAGCGCGCGCCGUUCAAUGUUAAUGUGAGUGAAAGAUUGUGCUAAAGAAAAAUUAUAAUAAUUUUAUAGCAUCGUCGAUAACGCAAAAAGUGAAAGAUCCACAAUCAAACAGCAACAGCAACAAAUCAAAAGAAAUGAGUGCCAACAAGCGACGAAGUUGCAAGAGCAACAACAACAAUAACAACGAUAACAGCAACACAGCUGAUCAAAUUGAUAAGGACGUGCAGAGUGAAGAAUGCCAAGGAGUGCCAACAAUUGAUGUGCAACGCUUGUGUCGCUGCUGUGGCAAAGGCGACAUGGAAUUACUCAAACUGUUCGAUGAGAGCGCUGAGACAGCCAAUCAGAAGGCACAAACUCAAUUUGCGACUGCGCAAAUCCGCCAACGCCAAAAGACGACAACAGGCGAAAAAGCGAAAAUAGCACAAAAACAACAUCAACAAGAACAGCAACAGCAAGAAAAACAACAACAACAGCGCAAAAGUGAUAAUCCUGUGGAAUAUGCUCUGAGUGGAGCACACAGCAGCAUGGACAUUGUGUUAGAGGAGAUGAUCAUUUGGACGCUCAAUAUCUCACGUGACGAUGGUCUGCCUCAGGAGAUUUGUCGUCAGUGCAAGGCUCAAUUCAUAAUGGUUGCGAAAUUUCGGCGGCGAUGUGUGCGCGUCCAGCAGCGACUACACGACUACGUCCAGGACAUGAUCGAGCACAAGUCACAGAGGGAGGAGGAGCGCACACAACAGUCACAGGCAAAUGAGACGUCCGCGGCAGAUUACAUGCAUCUGCCACUGUCACAAAUGGAGCGGAAGCGUCGCCUGGUGCCAAACACGGAAUCAUCGUCGCUGCCAAAAUAUACCAAGACUGAUGCCACACAGCUGCUGACGUCGCCCAAGCUGCGGCGUAUGCAGUUGCGAGUGCGCAAUAUACGCACUGCCUCCUUGCCAGCCAGUAAAGUUGAGACUGAAACGGAAGCGGGAGCCACAAAAACGACCAGUGCCUGUCGACUGAGUGAGACGAAGCAGCGAACGCCACAGAGAUCGCCUUACAGAGCGAGACUUAUUCACGUGCCAUGGAAAACGAAAGCGGCACGCAAACAGAUCUCGGAAACGUGGUCCACGUCCCUCUGUGAAACGGACUCUGUGACGCCAGAACUGCCCAAAGAGCAGGAGUCAGCUAAUGGAACGGUUGCUUUAGCAAAAACAGCAGCCGAAGCGGAUCCAAAUUCGUUGGAAGAUUUGAGUGAUCUGUCGGUGAAUAUAUGUCGAGGCUUCGACAACGACAACGGCUCCAGCUCCACAAUAGUUAGCCCACAGCCAACAACAAAUGUGAAGCGCAGUUUCCCACCAAAACGCUGCUCGCCAAAUAAAACUCGUGUUUUGCGGCGACAGGACAGACGCUGCUAUGCGCCGGUCAAGAGGACGAGGCGCGUUGUCAAGAAGGCAAAGGCGGCAACUGAAGCAGCUAAGGUUGAGCUGUGCUGCGCAGAGGUGCUAAGCAGUAAAACAACAGUGACAACGAAGGCAGUUGACCAAAUGCCAAACAGCUCUGCGAAUGAGGGGCCGACCAGCAGCAGCAGCAGCAUUAGCAGAACACUCGAAAGUCCAGAGAUAAGCAUAGUCGAUGAGCAGGAGAGUAAAAUCAUUGAGAAAGCAGAGAAUGGAAUGCCAGAAACAGAGUCAAAUGCACAGCAGGAAGAGCCGCAAGUCUGCUCGCCAGUAAGUCAAAGCGAAAAUACAGAGGAAGAGCUGCAACCUGAUGAGGCAAUCAAAUGUUCGCCAGACACUUUGGGCAAUGAUACUCAGGACAAGAUGUUGAUGGAACAAAUGGAAAGCAUAUCAGAAGAAGUGAUAAAGGCAGAGGGGGAAGUAAAUGGAAUAGUAGAGACAACGCUUAUGAGUCCUGUGCAGCUUGAGGAAUUAAGCUCUUCCGGCAUGGAUCACAUGGAGAGAGAGAGACGGCAGUCAGGAACGCCCGAGGUGCCAGCCGCAGAGUGCGAGGUAGAAGUGAGCCUAACAAAUGAGGAACAAACGUCGGAACAAAUGUCGGAUCAAACAUCGGAUCAAUUGUCGGAGCAAACUUCGGAGCUUAUAGUCAGUAUACCGCUAGAUGCUCUUGGCGAGGAUCUACAGCGUAAACUAUGCAACGAGUCGGAGCCGGUGACAAAUGAGUUAGUCGACGAGUUGAAGAAACCGGAUGGGGAGCUCAAGGAGCCCGUGGAAGCGGACGAUGUCAAUAACAAUGAGAAUGGCGAGAAUUUUUGCCAGAGUGCUACUGCAGAUAGCUUCAAUGCUGCUGUAGCACUCGCAACCAAACAAAUUGAAGCAGAGCCCAACGGAGGCGGUGACGGUGAUGAUGAUGAUGAUGAUGAUGAUAUGGAGUCAUUGGAGAAACUACCUAAUCUGCAGCACGAGGAGGAGCAGCAGCAACAGCAUCAGCAGCAGCCACGCGCUUCUGCCAAUGCCAGUUCCAUGGAUUUUUUGGCUGAAUUCGAGAAGCACUGCGAAAAGUCGCUCAAGCCGCAGGCAGCUGGACAGGAGCUGGCGGAGGCCAAGCAACAGUUGGCGGUGGAAAUGAACGAUGUGGAGAAUACACUGCACGGCAUUCUCAAUGAGAUGCAGGAUGAGCAUCUCUAUACGCCGGUCUGCACGCCCAUCGAUGAGUUCCUCACGCCCGCCGAUUAUGCGCCGCCAACGCCAGCAUCGCCCAAUCUCUUCGAGCAGCCAGCGGAGGCACAACAGCCAUUGCAGUCACUGCAGCAGCAGCAGCAACAGCAGAAGGAGGGAAAUCUCUUUGAUAGCAGCACUUUUAGUAAUGAGCUGAUUGGCUUUCAAAAUGAUAUGCCCUGCUUUGAGAAUAUUGAGUCUACGCCGGAAUCGAUGGCUGCGCAGCAGAGCCUGCAGCUCGAGCUGACACAGCUGUUCAAUGAGCUGCAGCCAGCACAACAACAACAACAACAGCAGCAGCAACAGCAGUCGACACAACAACAGCAGCAGCAACAAUUGCAGCUGCAGCAGGAAACUGUCAACUAUGAGGCACUAUAUCAAACAGCACCACUUCCUGUCGCCAACAACAAUAAUAACAAUAAAUUGCAGGUCAUACAAAUGACGCCACAGGAGACGCUGUGGCAGGCACAGGCUGCACAGCAGCAACAGCAACCACUAGAGCAGCCGCAGGCGACACCAACAACACAACUGCAAUGGUCCACUGUGGGCGGCUUGGAGGCGAUCAAGACGACGCCCAGUCUGGAUAAUCUGGACAGCAGCAACAGCAACAACAACAAUAACAGCAACACAACCACCUCCACAACAACCACCACCUACUACAUUAAUGCCAGUGAUCUCUAUCAAACACAACAGCAGCAGCAACAGCCUAUCGAGUCUUAUGCUUUGCUCGACAGCAAUGAUAACUAUGUGCUGGAGCAGCAGCAGCAGCAGCAACAACACCAACACCAACAACCACAACAACAGCAGCCUAUUAUGAUACUCAUACAGCAGCCGGAGCUGCAGCAGCCAGUGGCUUCAGCCAGCAAUCCGCAGCAGGCGCCGCUCCACAUUAACUACAGCAAUGAGAUGCAAGCUUAUCAACAGCAGCAGCAGCAACAUUCACAUCAACCACAACCACAUCCAAAACCACAAGCACAUCCACGUCCACAACAAGUACAAAAUACAGUAUUAGGCUUACCAGCAGUGGUGCCGCCGCCCACUCGUGGUCGCCCGCCCAUGUUAAAGUGCCGCUUCUGUCAGAAUGGACCGCGCUUCUCGAGCAGUCUGGAGUAUAGUCGCCACAUCAUUGAGCUGCAUCCCUUCGUCGCGCCAUUCAACUGUCCGCACUGUUCGCUCGCCUUUGCCGGUCGCAGCCAGCGCAACCAGCACAUCCUCAGUAGCCACAUUGUGCAGCAGUUUCACUGUGGUCAGUGCUCGCAAAUGUUUCCCUCGCAGCGUGCGCUCGAUUUGCAUUUGCAGCGAUUACACAUGCCACUCGCCACGGAGCCGACAUCGGCAUCGGCAUCGAGUGGCACAGCAUCAGCUGGUGUCCGUCUAGAAGAGGUUCAACUGCGGAUUGCCACCACCAAUGAUCUGCAACAGCAACAGCAGCAGCAGCAGCGACAACAUCAGCGUCAACCACUUCAGCAGCAAUCAGUUGCACAUAUGCGUGCCUUGGAAUUACAGACAAGCCCAUCCAGACCACGCAGGACGCGCAUCCUGUGCUGCCCGGACUGCGAGGACUGCACUUCGGCCAGUGGCCACACUCAAUGCAGCGUGCAGCCAUACGAGGAGCUGAACACUUUGCAACCACCGCCCACGGUGCUGACGCCGCCGUCGACAAUUGCAUCGCUGCCGUCGCCGCAUAUAACGUUGCCGUCACCGGAGCAAUCGGAGCCAGACUCGACGACGGCAACGUUGCGGCAAUUCCGCAAACGUUGCACAGUCAACAGUUCGACAACAGCGGGGGCAGCAAUAGCAGCCGCUACAGCAGCAGCAACAGUAGCAACAACAACAACAACAAUGCUAACAACCACUGCCGCCUCGCCAUCGCCGUCGUCAUCGCCAUCAUCGUCGACCAUGGAGACAAGCGCCACACUGCAACUGGGCAAACUGCGUGGCACCCAUCAGUGCGUCAUCUGCGAGAAGCGUUUCACCAACGUUAUUGCGCUGCGGAAGCAUCAGCAACUGGCCCACGAUUCGCAGACGACGAUGCCGUGGGUCUGUUCGAUCUGCAAGCGAGGAUAUCGAAAGCGCACCGAUAUGGAUAACCAUAUGAAAUCGCACGAGCCGAAGGGUCGACCCUAUGAGUGCAACGAGUGCUGGGUCCGUUUUCCGGAGUUCAAGCAGCUGGCGAUGCACAAGUUCACCGUCCACGAACUGAUCAAGCCGCACACCUGCGAUGAGUGUGGUAAACAAUUUGGUACGGAGAGCGCCUUGAAGACGCACAUUAAGUUUCACGGUGUGCGAGGCUUCGAGUGCGAAGAAUGCGAUGAGGCAUUCGCCUACAUCAAAGAUUUGCGCAAACAUCGUCGAACCCACAACAGCGAACUAUUUUACAAAUGCGAUUACUGUCCGCGCACGUUUCUACAUUUUACAACCUAUCGCGUACAUAUGAACACCCACCUGCCGCUGGGUGUGUUCCUUAACGACAAGAUGCCCAGUAGCGUAUGCAGCAAAGCGGAGAAUCCAUCAAACACUGAAGAAUCGCUGCUGCCAUUGACGCCGCUGAGCAACUGCAAUGGAAACAGUGGCAGCAACAGCGGAUUAGAGGACUGUCCCGGCUCUGUGGAGAUGGUGGUGGAGAGCAGCAUGGCAGCGCCAUCUUUGGAUAUGAUUGUCGAUACGCCAUAACAAUUGGCGCAGCUUUAUUAUUUGAUUUACCAACAACCAGGAACGGCACCUUCCUAUUACUAUUGCUAUACAUAGCGAUGGCUUCCAUAUUCACACAGAGAGAGAAAACCCAACACAACAUGAAAACUGUUGCAGACUGCAUUCAAUGCACAAAUUUAGAUCUAAGACACACACGAACCCAAACACAAAUUAUGUUAAAACUAGCCACACUUUCAAAUAAACUAGCAAAAUUAGGAAUAGUCGUAGGGAGUUAUUCAUUGAAUGAAUGUUAUUGUACUACGAGAAAGUACAGCAAGACAAUGGAAAGAACAAUAAAAAUAAAAGCCAGCUCAAAAUGUCAAGUUACAUUUAAGACAAGUCUUAGAAUACUAGAUAAUUCAAAUAUUUUACCCAAAAUUCAUUGUGAUACGUCCAACAUUGGUAAAUACGAUUAUGGCGCAUUUUUGAUGAACAUUAAUUUACCGAUAAGCAUCCUAGAUUUCCUUUAGUAUUUUGGGUAAAUAUUUGGGCGUCUUGAUUUGAGCUUUUCGAACAAACCUUACAAAUACACCUUAAUGAAUAUAAUUUAGAAUUUAGUUAAGGCUGAGCUCAACUUAAUUUGUAAUAAGCAGCAACUACGACAUUGUUUAUAAUUUGUUUUUAUUUUAAAUAUAAAUAAUGUAAUAAACAAAUUAUGUUAUAGAUUGCGAUAACAAAAA